UAUGGGAGCGACUCUACACCGGUGCUCUUUCCAAAGCUUGAGUCUAUUUAUCUCCAGGGAAUGCAAAAUUUGCAAGAGUGGUCAUUUUGUAGAGAAGAGGAGAUUACUGUGUUCCCAAACCUACUGAGGCUGACUGUUGAGGACUGCCCGAGAUUGAAAUCACUCCCUGGGGGCCUGAAGGGAUCUCCCUUGAAGGAGUUGGUCAUCGACAUCUGUCCAAUUCUGGAAAGGAUCUCCCAUCUUCCUGCACUAAGAGAGUUGAGCAUCAGUGGGGAAUGCCCUCUAUUGAAAGAUGUGGAGAAACUGGAUUCGUUGGAGAGGCUAACUAUAUAUCCACCGGGGAUGGAUUUUCUCGCGGAGGGACUGCUGAGGCUGCUGCAAGACCGACAGCUACACCAGGAUGAUGAUUUCACACUUGUAUUGCAUUCUCAAAGCGAUGUUCUUUUCAGUAAGUGCGUUAUGGGAGGCGAAUACUGGCCGGUCAUCCAAAACUUACCCAGAGUCGAAGCCGAUUGGGGAUAUCUAAAUCUAAGAUACACCAAGGAACCCUAUCACUACGAGACCAGUUAAAAGCGCUCUCUUUCUUGGUGUUUAUUUCUUAGUAAACUCUUUUACCAGUGUUAUUUGGAUCAUCCAAAGGAUGUUGUAUGUUCCUAGAAUAAGUUGGGUAAUACAAAUGUCUGGGUUAGCCUUUUCCUUUGAGAUUAUGUCUUGACUAGGCAUUUGCGAAGAGGAGGAUUUUCUGUAGCUACUUUUA